AAAAGGAAAGAAACAGAAGCUCAGCCAUCCAGUUACUUCCACGACAUCAACUCUGGGCACAUCUCAAAAGCGAUGCAACCAGUCCGGGCCGCUUCGCCCAUCCUCUCGUCGAGGGCUGUGUCAGAUUCCCUGCAAAACGUUCCUCUCAUGCUUCAACUUUGGGGUAUCCCUCCUGACUGUUGUACUGUGCUCUUGGGGUCAAAGCUUGGCAAUGCGCUGGGAGAGGUGGUGUCGGCGGCUAUUCACCGGUCGGUGGCCUCGAGUGGCCUUUAUAUUCGUCUCCAAGUCCUCCUUGAUGUAUUGGCGCCUCUGCCACUAUCUCUGUCGGUUGCUCAUGAAGAUCCUACCAAAGGGAGGUUCGAGAGGAUCGUGUCCUUUACCGGGGCACUCUAUCCUCAUCCGGUUGGUGAGAAUCGUCACCGUCAUCAACAGAUUUUUGCUGAGAAGCCAAUUCUGCCAAUCUGUACCUUGGAUCCCUAUGCUUUCGCCUUUGUCGACUCUGUGGAUCCUAUCACCCUCAUCGACAACCUAGGCUGGCUUCCUAUGGGUGAUUCUCCACCCUGGUAUAUGGUCACAAAUCGCUCCUUUGACUCGCUGGAUGAUUCACUCAAGCUUCUCCACUACUACAUCACCCGAGUGUACUUUCCGCGGGCUGACCGCUUGGAUGUUGUUUUGCCUCUUGAUUGCUGGGUCAUGUCUCACGCCAUCUCUGAUAUGCUGUUGAGCUAUCCUCAUCUGCUGUUUGGGGCAAUUGUGGAUGCUGCUGCCAACGACUCUCCCGGUGUUGGUCUUCCCUUUGCUGGGUUGAUUACGUUGCUGCUGCAUCAUCUCGGUGUUCCUCUGGCUGACUUUGUCACUAUUUCUGACGGUUGUGUUCAUCCCUCCAUUGACGAAGUGCUUGCUGUGGUGGGACUUCCUCCCAUUGUUGAUUUAUCAUCAGGGGGAGAUGAUCAUGGGGCCACGGACGCUGCUAUUAGAGAAAGAGACGAAGAGGCCAAAGACGAGGCGUCCGCGGAUGGUGGUGCAUCUGCUUCGGCUUCUGUUCGUCCCUUCAAGCUCAAGCGACAGGCUAAAGGACCUCGUCCUUCUAACAGAGCUCUCAAGCGUCUCAAUAAUCAAAAAAAUUCUCAAGGAGUGGUUCUCUAUGAGAAUCAUGAUCUCUAG